CCUCGCAAAAGAGAAUCUCUAGUUGAAAGGGCGGCAGAUUAGGACUUCCACUGAACUACUGGACCUCAAAUUUUCACUCCCCAUCGCUCGUUUUCUUUUUUCCGAUAGAUUUCUCCGUCUAUGUUCUGCCUUGCUCCGUCAUCCCCGGCCGGAUUGCAAACCCCAGUAUCUGCUUCUUUGUUUAGCUGAUCGAAAUGAGUGGUGGAGAUGAUGAUGGGCCUUUAGAUUAUGCCACCAUUCAGAUCAUACCUUCUCAGAACAGAUAUGAGGCAUUUGCUUGUUGUGGCAAUAAGGUAGAUGUUCUGGCUGAUGGGAUUCUGGAUACCCUUUUGCCACAUUUACUGGAACUACAAGAGCUGAAUGCCAAAGAAUCUAAAGCGAGCAUUAAACUCCAAUCACCAGCUUCUUCAGCUGGUUCAGCAUGGUUCACAAAAUCUACUCUAACCAGGUUCCUCCAUCUAGUUGGCUCGCCAGAGUUAACGAAAAUCACGAAAACGAUGAACGAGAUGGCUCAACUAGAAGAAACCAGGAGAUUUCAUGUUUCUUUAUAUGGUCAGUCUGGAGCUGAAUUUACUUCAUCAGCUGAAUCUAAAAACGAAUUGUUGCGAGCUAUGGAAUUGAGGCUCACAGCAUUGAAUAAGGACUUCACUGCAUCAUUUGAAAAGGGUUGCAAUGCAACCUGCAGUUCUAAGGAAAUCAGUCAUUUAGUGAAGUUUAUGGAACAUUUCGGAGCUACAAAUUUGAAAAAUUGUGCAUACAAAUAUUUGGAACUAAAUCCAAAGAGUGAUAGUAUCGAUCCUGUUGACGACGACGACGACGACGAUAAUAGGCACACGGUUACAUCGAAUUCGUUAACUCAAGUGAAUUAUGGUGUUUCACCUGCAAAAGUUGCACAGGUUGAGCGACAGGAUUCAUCAGAAAGUGAGGAAUCUGAUGAAAAUGGGACACUGGUAGAAAGAAGUAGAACAAUGGCACGGUCAGCACCUCCGAGAAGGUCAGCAUCACCCAUGAGAAGGGUUCAGAUAGGAAGAACGGGAUCCCGCCGAGCACCCGUGAUAAUGAUUAGGAGUCUGCAAACAAGAGACAGUAGUUUUUCUCAAGGAGAUAUAGCAGCUAAUAGUGAUGAGGAAGGAUCAGAGCCUACCAGUAAAACAGCCGAUAGCAAUGUAGGUAGAAUAUCAGUUCAGGAUGCUAUCAGUCUUUUCGAAAGCAAACAGAGAAACGAUGCUUCCGAAGUCGAGAAACGAAGAUCAUUAACAAGCAUAACCAUUGGUGCAAAUAAAUUUGUAUUGAGAAGAUGGAGUACAGGCAUGGGAGAUGCUUCUACAAAAUGCCACUCAGAGCUUGUUAGUGAUGAACCUGAUACAAUCAGCCGUGAUUUUGAUGAACAUGUGCCAAAGAGUAAGGUAGCGGAGGAAAAAGCUUGUACAACUGCUGAAGUUGUAGAACUUAAAGCUUCUGAUCCACCAGAGACUCAAGCAGGCUCUCCCAUUAGCGAACCACGGGAAGUUGUCGAAAAAGUAUCUGCAAAUUCAGAAUGGAGCCGGAGAAAGGAAGCAGAAUUGGACCAAAUGAUGAAUAAAGUGAUGGAAAGUAAACAUGUAGCACAAAAUAAUACUCAAGUGAAUCGAAAGAAAGAUGCCUGUUCUGAGCAAAGGGGUGAAUUAUAUGAUCAAUACAAGGCGAAGAGAUACGAAAAGCGUCGAGCCGAGGAAGCUAAGGUACGUACGAAUAAAGAGGUAAAAACGAAGGGAAUGCGACGUGUUGCAGAUGAUAGGAGAUCCAAGAUAGCCUCUGCUGAAGUUAAUGUAACAAAAAAACAUGCUACAGGGAAGCCUGAAGUUCUUCCACCAGCAAAUUUAUCUAAAUCAGAAAAACCAUCCAUGAUUGAAAAGAUUUCAUCUAGAACAAAACCAAUAGCUGCCACACGUAAGUCAUGGCCAUCUUCUGGGAUUACACCAGCCAGUGUGAAUCCAACUCGUCCGACAGCUCAACCAGCAUCGUUGUUUAAUCGAUCAAGUGCUAAAACAGAAAGAUCCCAUGUGCAGAAGAAAAACAUCAAGGAAACUAAUGACAGUACGAGAAACUCGAGGCGUGUGAAUGAGAAGAAGGAAACGAUGCAGACAAAGAUUGGAACAAUAACAAAAACAAAAGUAUCUUCUAGAGAUACCAAUGUUCCUGUGAAGUCCAGUAUCCGUCACAGGAUAGCCAAAAAAAGCAGCAUAGUGCCACUAGAAUCAAAGUCCUUCCAUAAGGGUUCGAGAAAUAGCUUAGACAAUAGUAGUCCAAUGGCUAACAAGACAAAGCCUUCAAAACUUUCUAAGACUGCUGAUUCUUCAAAGAACAGCAAAAAAUUGACUCAUGAUCAAGAAGUUGAGGUUGCAGAUCCUGAUAAAGGGGAUGCUUUGUCACCAGCUCGUUGUGACAUCGAAACUGUUGUGAAUGAUGAACAGGAUAGUGAGAUGCUUACUUCAAAUGUAGUAGAUGCUGAUCAUGGUGAUGCUAUACAUUUACCAAAUGAAGAGAAAUCUUCUUUGGAAAUUGUAGCUGAAGGAGAAUCAAUGAUACCAUCAAAGUCCAUAGAGGAAAUAGAAGAGUUUGAAGAGAUACCAAUCGAAAAUCGCCCCGUUCGUCUCUCUUUGUCUCAAAUGCUGCAGGAAGACAAUAACGAACUUGAUAAUAAUGAUUGGGGCACUGCAGAAAAUCCUCCCAUGAUGAACUAUCAAAGGGGUGCACCGAAAGGAUUUAAGAGAGUCCUAAAAUUUGCAAGGAAAAACAAGGGAGAAGCAAACAUGGGUGGUUGGUCGAGCCCUUCCGUGGUUUCUGAGGGUGAGGAUGAUUCUGAAGAAUCUAAAUCUCUGAACACAAAAAAGAUGGACAGUCUAUUGAUGAAAGCUACACUUAACUCUGGUCUUGUAAAGGCUUCUCUUGACAAAAGCUUUGAUCAUGACAAACUAUACUCAGGUACAUAUGGUGCACAGAAUUUUAGUUCCAAGUUCCAAGAAAGCCAUGAUCAUGCUACAGUUUCUUCUACUAAAGUAGGCAGGUCUUUCUUCUCUCUAUCUGCUUUUAGGGGUAGCAAAUAGAAACAAUGAACCAAAAGCUGCAUCAAUUCUGGGAUGACAAUGGAUGUUACCAUAUCAUUCUCUGCCAUCUUCUUCUUCAAGGUGAAUAUUGUGAAUGAUGCUUUCCCUCUCUUCCAUACUACAAAAUUUGUAUUGUAUCUCUCUGAUCAUAAAGAUUUACUAACACGUACUAUUCAAUAGCUUUUCUAAGCAUUUUGAUCUUCAAUUCUUGUGGACGUACUGAAUAUACUGAAUAUACUGAUGAACACCGAAACUGAGUGAGAAUUUGAUAUUAAAAGCUGGAAUUUAGUCUCUUUA